ACGUCGUUUCGCCGAUCCCGUCGAUCGCUGGCCAUCGUUGCAUCUCGUUUCCGGUCUUCCGGACGAUCGCCGACAGACGACAAAACUAACGUACCACACGACAAUCGCUCGGCCGUCUCACCUACACACACCGUUGUAUGCUAUUGUUAUUAAUAUAUAUUUAUACCGGCUUACCGUUAUCACUACCCUUGCAUCACUCGCGCUAUAAUUGGUAUACACGUGACAUUGGUAUUAUACCGUGGUAACCUGCAGACGUUACCUACGUCAUUCGCGCCGUCCGUCCGACACUCGAUAUCCGUGUACAACGCGUGGUAAUAAUUUUUUAGCCGUUAAAAUUUGCUUGCCUUCAGUCACUUGAUUUGCGUCGCUCGCUUCGAAGUGACGCCUCGAGAAAGACAACGACAACGACUUCUUAACGUUUCCGCUUCUUUGGGAAAAUAAUUCAUAAUUAUAUUUUAGUUAUUCUUUCAAAAGUUGUUUUACUGAUUUAUUUCACUCCUCCCUCACCCUCCGCCAUCACUAAUAUUAGCCGGUGUCCGCGAGUGUAGUUUAGUGUACACGACGCACAGCGUGACUUAAGUAUAAUAAUUGUACUCAAGUUUAAGUAUGUCCUCCGAGGAUAAAGUCCGUCACAUUCACUAAUACAAUGAGUAAUAUCGAUAAAACCGUUCAUUCUGAAGAAAAUAUUAUCAAUGACCCGGCACCAGCACCAGCAGUUGCAAAUCCAGUUGCUGAAUGUGAAAUGGACGCGCUGCUGCUCGGAAGAAUCGGGGAAUUGGUCGUAAUCACGCCUAAUGAGAGGAAUUGGCGCGGUAUUCUUAUCGCGCUUCUGGUCAUUGUAGCCGUUUUGGGUUUGAUAGUAUUCUUUAUCGUCCUGCUAUCACCGCCAUACAAAGGUCCUAGGAAUCUCGGAAGUAAAUUUACGGUCGAUCAAAUUGCCGGGGACACAUUCAAAGCGCCUCCGUUUAAUGGAUCAUGGAUAUCAAGCGUGGAGUUGGUGGUUCGAGACGCACAAGGUGGCGUCAGCGUCUACAAUGUCGAAACAAAUAAACACAGGGUACUCCUCACGAGUUCGUCUUUUAAACGAGUGAAUGCUAAUGAAUUUCAAACGUCGAGCGAUCAAAACUACGUGCUGCUGGUAUCUGACGAAAAAAAAAUUUAUACGAACACCCGGGAGGCCAAGUAUCACGUUUUUGAAGUGUCGACCCAAAAUGGCGUACCACUCAUGACCGCCUCCAAAACGGUUGACGAUGGAGAACAGAUUUACAUACAAAAAGCGCAAUGGUCGCCGACGGGUAGUGGGCUGGUGUUUGUGCACAAAAACGAUCUGUACUACAAGAUCCACGGGAACCGGCACAGCAGAGUGGUCAGGAUCACGGACACGGGUUCGCCGACCGUGUUCAACGGCAUACCGGAUUGGCUGUACCAGGAAGAAAUUUUCAAAUCCGAUAAGGCUUUUUGGUUUUCACCAUCCGGACGGUAUUUGACUUACGUGACGUUUAAUGAUUCAUUGGUCGGCGAGUACAAAUAUCCAGUAUACAACACUCGAUUCCAGUAUCCGUAUUAUCAGUCAUUACGGUAUCCCAAGGCAGGAACGCCAAAUCCAACGGUGACUGUGUGGUUGAGAGACUUGAAAAACGAUAGUUUAUUAAACGUUACACUAUUGCAAAAACCACAAACCUUGCAUAUGGAAAGUGAACCCUAUUUGAUGCAUGUCAAGUGGGCAAACGAAAGACGUAUCGGAGUAGUUUGGAUGAAUAGAAAGCAGACAACAAUGGUCAUAUCGGUAUGCUCCGAGCCAAACUGGGAGUGUCAAGAUUCUUAUGUGGAGAAAAUCGCUGAUGGAAAAGGGUGGCUGGAAAACACCGAAGUCGUGUUCAACGAGGAGGGCACUAGCUACUUAGCGAUACUACCGGUACUUGAUGGUCCACGUGGCACGUACCCACACAUCUGCCUGGUAGACAUAUCCACAAAAAUCGUACUCCCGCUGACAAGUGGAAGCUUUUGCGUUGUCCGAAUUGUCCAGUGGGACCAGACGAACCAACUAAUAUACUUUGAAGCGAUACCGGAAGGGAAACCGUCACAAAGGCAUUUAUAUAAAGUACCGGAUAACGUAAACAGCACAGCGGGCUGGGAAUGUCUGACGUGCCCUCCAAGUGGACCGCAAAAGAAUACUUCCAAAAUGGACAUUUCCACGAGUUCAGAUAUCAGCGACUCUUUUCGGUUAAGUCUUAAGGGAUUGGAGUCGUCGAAACUACCACAAGACUCGUGGCCAGUGAGGACAAACUCAUGCCUUUAUGUCCGAUCUCAUUUUUGUCGAUACCCGAAUUCUAAAUAUUACGUUUUAGAAUGUUUAGGUCCCUUGGUGCCAAAAGUGAUAUUGAUGAACCUGCAGAUAAAUCAAAAAGUAAUGAUAUUGAACAAUCAUACUGCACUGGCAACUAAAUAUUCUGCUAUGGCUAAACCUAACAUACAAAUAAUGCAGGUGGAGGUCGAGAGCGGAUUUAUCGCUCAAACUAAAUUGAUGCUGCCGCCUGCGUUUAAGGAAUAUGACGAAACCGCGUUUCCGUUUAUUUUAUACAUAAAAGGUAAGCCUGGCACUCAGUCGGUGACCGAAGAGUGGUCUGUGGAUUGGGCCACUUACUUAUGCAGCAACAAGAACAUUAUCAUCGCCAUAAUCGACGGUCGCGGAACACUGGGCCAGGGUGAUAGGUCCAGAACGUCAAUUUACUAUAAAAUGGGAAUUACUGACAUCCAGGACCAGCUUUCGGUUUUGUUGUAUCUCAAAGACACUAUGAAGUUCAUAGACAAAGAUCGUAUUGGAAUUUGGGGAAAAGGAUACGGAGGAUACGCCACUGGAAUGAUAUUGGCAAAACAACCGGAAGUAUUUCGAUGCGGAAUUGCCACGUCACCGAUUACGAAUUGGGCUCAUUUCGAUUCGGCUUGGACUGAAAAGUUGAUGGGGACCCCAAAUGUGACAGACAAUUACCGUGGAUACGAAGACUCAGAUUUAAGCAAAAAAGCAAUUACAUUGGAUAAAAAAUUGUUAAUGUUAAUCCACGGCAGUGCAGAUGAAACGGUCCAUUAUCAGCAUAGCAUGAUGCUGAUUAGAGCAUUAACAGAAAAGGGAAUAUUAUUCAGACACCAAACCUAUCCAGACGAAGGCCACACGUUCGAUGGAUCAACUAAACAUUUAUUGCACGCUAUGGAACAUUUUUGGGACGAGUGUUUUGGUCCAUUGGAUUUUGACGACUGGGACGAGAGCCUAAACUUUUUUGCUUUUACACAGUAAUACAAAAUACAAACCAUAUUGACCCAGUGAUGUACUUGUGGCUGGGGUUGGGAGUAUAAUAUACUUCCAGGAAGUUACUUAUAUUCUUAUAAGAAUGAAAAAAAACUUAUAUGUUGUUAUUAACAAUUUUUUUUUUCAAAAAUAACUGGUUCCUUCCAAUAUAUUGAUUAAGUAUGUUACUUAUCAAAAUAAUAAGUUGUGAUAACCACACAUUCAACAGUUACAGAAUCUGUUAUUUUUGACAGUAUUCAAAAUAUAUUGUUGGAGUAUCUACAUUCAGAUGAAUUUUCUUGGGCGUUGUGUUAUCAGCUAUGUUUUUUAUAAUCGUGGCAAUCAUUAAUUUAUGUUUCAGCAUUUUAUCAUAGGAGCUUUUACAAUUAUUCAUUAUAAUAACUACCUUCCCCUCUGACAAAACAAUAUUCGAGUACACGCCAUUGGAUCGACCGAUGUCCUUUCACUGCUUCAGAAAUGUUUUCCGAUAAUGUUAACAUAUUCACAGGGUUAUCCAUUUCAUGGCGAAAUCGAUCUCAUAAUCGUAUUCGUAGUCCAAAAAAUGGAGAAGCUAAUAUCGUUAUGACGAUAAAUCUGUGUGAUUUGAAAAUAUCCGGAGUCUUACAACAAUAAUAAUAACCCUGGUAAACAACUUUUUUUUUGUAUCUCAUAAACAUCGAGAGCCUUUAAGGGAAUUAAUCCGUUGUGUUUUUCAUUAUUAUUUUACUAUUUAUUUACAGUUUAUCGUUAUAAAAUAAUUUUUACACUCAAAUUGUGUACUAAUAGUGGUUACAUUUCACACGCAUUGCAUUGUGCAGGCUUCAUUCAUAGUACACUUUGCUUUUCCAAUCAGAACUAACUACGGUAGAACGUUUUUGUAACGACUACAUUUAUAAUUGUAUCGUAAGUGUAAAUCAGGCAUAUUACAUUUACUGUUUAUCAAAUAAUUUCGUGCAAAUAACACAAACAAUAGUUGAAUUUGUUUUAUUGAAAUAUAGUCGAUUUUCUAUUGAUUGUUAUGUAGAAUAUCUAAUACAUUAUUUGGCUCAAGUAACACUGUGAUAAACGACUAUAUAAAAAAAAAAAAUUGUUGCAAAAUACGUUAUUACAGUAAAACCAUAAUAAAUACAACUUUUGUUAUUUCAUAAAUAUUAACACUACAUGUUAUUAUUUUACACAAUGUGUAUGGAAUUAACGAUGGCUAAAAAAAUCAUAUGUAAUAAUAUAAAUAAUUAACUGCCAGAAUAUCUGUGUACAUUCGUUUUGAGAAAGGCUAACAGUCUGUUAGUAGAGAAUACCUACUAUUGAACUAUCAGCUCAUUCAAAGAAAUAUUCAAUAUUUAACAAUAAUCACUUCAACCGUAUUAUGUUCCUUGCAAAUAUGAACUCAUUUUGAAAAUAAAUUUUAAUUGAUACACAAUGUCUAAGGACUAAAAUGUAAUUUUAUAUUAUUUCAUCGGAUGUUAAGACGCAAAGAUCUUUAAAUUUCUGUGACAAAAUAUGUAUGCCUGUUUAAGUCAUUAUUUAAAAAUGUCUUGCAAAUAUUCAAAAGUGAAUAAUAAAUGUCAGUAAGUUAUUGAAGUAUGCACUGAUAUUCGUUUGAUAAUAUGUAUCUAUCCUAGUGAACGAUACGAAUUCAUCUAUUGUUAUUCGGUAUACAUAUAAAAAUAAUCAUUGUUGUUAUAUUAUAUUAUUUAUACAUUCCUUUAGUAACUAAAGCAUAGUUGGUAGGGUACUUAUACAGUUUUGUAAUUUAUGUGUAUUAAAAUUAAAUAUGGUUCUGAUCAUGUUUGAUAAAAUUUGAGAUAAUUUUGAAAACAAUGAGAAUACUGUAUGGAAUUAUUAAUUUAGUACUAAGAUAUAUACUAAGUUUGUGGGAGUGUUAAUUUUAUUUUGGAAUAAAUUCAAACUAAAUACACAGAUUUAAUCAAUAUUAUAAAUGUAUUUUUUACUUGAAUACAUAUUAUAUUCAUUAUAUUACAAUUUAACUCAAUAUUCAAAGUUGAACUAUUGUUUGACAAAAAAAAUAAAAUAAAAUAAAAUAGCCCAUAUUAUGAAAUAUUAUAUUGUAAGAAAAAAAAAUGAGAAAUAAUCAAGUAAGAAAAUUAUUAUGUAUCCCAGUUUUUGGAUCUUUUUUGUGUAAAAUUUUAUUUUUAUAUAUCUCAAAUGUUUUAGAUAUAUUGUUGCUUGUGAUGAAUAUUGUUUCAUGUUAAUUUUGUAAUGAAUAUUUUUUUUUUAUCACCAUUUUACGUUAAGAGUUUUACCAAAGAGGUGACUGCAGACUGAUUAAUAUUUCCAUUAAGCCUUCAUUUUCGUAUUAAAUUUUCCAAUAGCACACUUUAUCUUAAUACAAAUAAUACAUCAUAAUUCCAAUGAUAACCUGCUUCCAUUUAAUUACAUUUUAUUUAAAUACAUAAUAGGCUCACAUACAUUCCAAUUUAAAAAAAAUGUAUAAACAUUUUAUUUUACAGAUGGUAUAUAGCUUUUCAAAAAGUUGAUACAUUCUUGUUUUUUUAAAAUGAUUUGUAUAUUUUUUAAUCACAAUACUAUCAACAAAUUUUUUUUUCUUUUCUCAGUCUAAUUUACCUCCACCCAAAAAAAGUAAUGAGGUAGGCAAAGUCUAUGGUAUUAUAUAAGUAAUUUUAACCUAACUUAGAGUAAAUCGGUUAUUUUUCAGGACCCUGUCAUUUAUUGAAUAACCAUAAAUCAUAUUUAAUUUUUGCUAUAACUACAGUUACUACGAUACUAUAGUUAUUAAGUCAUCGAUCCCAAAUCUCCCAACAUUGAUGACGUUUUCGUUAAGAUUUGAUCUCUUGGUUUUGUUUAAUACGAAUAAUUUGGCUGUGUUUUGAUAUAUAUAUAUAUAUGUUUCGUUUUCAUAUAGUUGUUGUGUUUAGCAUCGUUUUAAAAUUGCAUGCAAUGAGCCCGAGGUGCCAAAGUCCGUCCAUCGCGUAUAGCAUAAACAGCGGUUUAUGUCUCGACGAUUAUUUAGAUUAGAUCGCACGGCUAGGUCUCGAAAAGUCAUUUAAUAAUUAUUAUAAUAAUAAUAUAACAAUAUUAUUACUGUGGACUAAAUGUAGUAAGCGGGAACCCUGAUACAUAACUACAAUGAUAAAAUAACGUUUUUACUCUUAAAAUGAUAAUCUUAUACAUAUUAUAUUGUUUUUAGGUUAAAGUUCCUCAUAAUAUUUAUGUUAUAUUAAACUAUAGGUUGGCUUCAGUUCUCGUUUGAAAAUGUUGAAAACAUAUCACAUAAGAAAUAUUUCGAUUGCGACUUAACGAUAAUAUGAUAAUAUUACCUAUAAUAUGACUUUCCUAUAUUUUAAUCACCAACACUUGGUUCAGCGGCAAUACAAGUGUUGAACGCUUUUGUGUAGAAGGUGCCUAGUUGUUUUAAAAUGAUUUCGUUACGACAUUUUGUUAUCGUAUUGUUAUGUAUACAAUUUAUAAAUAUAAAAAAAUAUAUAUAUUUUUUUUUUUAGUUGAACAAAAACAUGUAUUGAAAAUAAUGUGUAAUGCCAUUGUCUUAAAGAUAUCGCCCUGAGUUCAAAGGCAUAUGUGUGUAUGUUAAAUAUAUUAUACAAUACAACUGAUACAAUACGACGUGUAGAUGUAUUGUAUUUUUUCUUAGAUAUAAAUUACCCACAUAAAAAAUAUGGAAUUGAAAAUGUAAUAUUGCUGUCACUUAACCGUUUCAUAUUUAUGCUUUGGAUAAUGUACAUUAAUUACCGCAUUAAUAAUAUACAUUUAUAUUAUAUGGUUAUAAUCUGUUAAAAUUAUUAAUACUUUAAACGACUUAAAAAAUGAUUUACAUAUUGUGUGUUUCUAAUAAAUAAUACUUUUAAAACAAUUUGGACGUAUUGCUAAGUAUACGGUGUUAUGCGUGUGACUUAUUGAUGUUAAUAUUUAAGAGUUGUGUACUAAGUUAACCGAUUAUAAACCUAUUACCGUGUUAAAUGUUUGCGCCCUUCUGAUGUAAUGUAUUAUUAUAAUAAAAUACUGAAAAAAAAAAUGAACAAUAA